UUCCGAGCCACUCGAAUUACGAAAUGAAUCGUCAAGAUUUCACACCAUUUGACACUGUCUCUCAUAUAUGGGAGUCACUCCAGCUACCCGCAACAGCGCUUGACUCACUCGACCUAAUUGAAGACGGAAAACCACUGCCUUCAUCAUUCAAAGUAGAGCAUCUGGUCCAAGCAUCCAUCGCUGUCUCAGCUCUUUCAGCCUCACUCUUCCAUGCUACACGCAACGGCCAGUCCCCUGUAAUUCCCAAAGUCAGUGUUCCCCUGGAGCACGCAUGCAUCGAAUUUAUCUCGGAAAGAGUAUACACACUGGACUCGAAAUCGCCUCCAUCAGCCUGGGGCGCAAUCGGCGGAUUGCACAAGUGCGCUGACGGGUACGUGAGAAUCCACGAUGGGUUUCCGCAUCAUCAGCGGAACGCCUUGCAUAUACUUGGCCUGCCGGAUGAUGCAACGAGAGACGAUGUUGCGGGGAAGACUCUUCAAUGGAGCGCUCUAGGACUAGAGCGACAGGCAAUUCAGGGUGGUGCAGUAAUUGUAGCAUUGCGGUCGUUUGAAGAGUGGGAUGCGCAUCCUCAAAGUAAAGCGAUUGCUGACUUUCCGAUUGCGGUCAAGAAGCUGGGUAAUGCGGCCCCGUACCUUAAAUCGAUUCAAUCAUCACAAGAGAAGAACAAAUGCCUCGAGGGUAUUCGGGUGGUAGAGUUGAGCCGCGUGAUAGCGGCACCAGUGGCCGGAAAGACUCUCGCUGCUCACGGCGCGGAUGUUAUCUGGGUUACUUCACCAAAUCUCCCUGACAAACCAGAACUGGACCGAGACCUAGCAAGAGGGAAGCGAAGCGUACAGUUAGAUAUCAAGGAAGAAAGCGAUAUGAAGACACUCCGUGAACUACUUCGCACGGCGGAUGUUUUCAUCCAGAGUUAUCGGCCCGGGAGUCUUGCAAAGCUCAGUCUAUCGCCAGAAGAAAUUGUGAAGUUGAAUCCGAAUUUGAUUGUUGCCAAUCUGUCCGCUUACGGGCCAGAUGGUCCUUGGAGAGAAAACCGCGGGUUUGAUUCGUUGGUACAGACGUGCUCAGGUCUCAACGUGGCGGACGCGGAACGGUACGGCGAGGGAGAGCCAGCUCGUGUUCUUCCCUGUCAGGCUCUUGAUCACGGCGCUGGGUAUCUUCUCGCUACUGGCGUAAUGACGGCGUUGUAUCGACGGGCCAUGUCCGGUGGGUCGUUCGAAGUGCAGGUCUCACUCGCUGGGGUGGGAAAAUAUCUGCGAUCGCUUGGGCAAAGGGAUGCUGUAAAGGGUGGCGACUCUCAAGAUGAAGAUCAGUAUCUGGAGAAACGUCAGUCUGACUUUGGCGAAUUGAGGGCAGUCAGGCACUCAGCUGCGAUCGAGGGUCUCGAGGUUGGUUGGGAUAUCAUGUCACGUGUUCUUGGGAGUGACGUAGCAAGAUGGCAAACUUGAGAAUUGUCUGCGGCUGGUCUGGGAUAAUUGUAGAGAAUGUAUUUGCAUGAUAUGAGAUCGAUUACCAUUAUGAUAUUUGAAGAGGCAAUCGCUGUCUCAGUCGUGAUAGGUUGGCACUCGCAGGUAUUGAUAGAGAAGGCAUAUGCGUGGGAAUAGACAAGAAAAUGGUCAGAUUGACUCGAGUCAUCUCUUAGGUACUCGAUCUCAAUGGAUAGAUAGGGACGCGCGCGGUGAUGGAAAGGUACAGUUUGCAAGUCGCAAUCGCCGAGAACAGACCC